AUGACCAAUAAGAUCGUACAGCAACAAAGCCAUAAAGAAUAUAAAAGCCAGAUUUCCCGUAGAGGACCGAGCCAAAAAGGGGGCUUAGCUAUUGGUACCACUGUUCAUGUGUCUUAUCUCAGAUUCAAGACUAUCGGAAUGCGAAGUGCCACUACAUCACAAUGCUUCUACAAUCGUGACUCGCUAUCAACUGCCACAGAUUACGUAGAAUUCUCCGGCGGAAAAGAAGAAGACAAACAGAUUAAUCAACGUUACAUAUGCGCCAGAUAUCCAUUUGUGGAGGAAGGAGAAUUCAUAAUGAGCGCUUCGAGACCUUUGAUCAUUACCUAUGCAAGUAGUGGUGACGAGAGGAAUAAAGGAUUGUUGAUGGAGUAUACAACGAUGGAUGUUGGUAGGUUAAAUUUUUGCGAAGGAGGAGGGGGAGGGAUGGGAAGACAGGUGAUAAAUCCGAAUAUUCUAGGUUGUGGUGGUGUUUUCUCACAAUCAACUGGCACCAUAAACUCACCGAACUAUCCUGACAAAUACUUACCACAUAUGCAUUGUGUUUACCAGAUUCAAGUCUCUUGGGUAAGUUCGUAUAAUCGCGAAUUUCCCACCGACUACUUGCAUCCUUUCCAGUCCAAGCAAGUACGCCUCACCUUUGACAAUUUCGACAUCGAAGUGGUACAAAAUGAUGAGUGCUCGUAUGAUAACGUAGCAGUUUACGAAUCUUAUAUUAGUCCUACUGAGCAUGGCAAAUUAUUGGGAAGGUUCUGUGGUACCAUGCUACCGCCUACACUUCUCUCAAGCACAUACAAAAUGGCUGUUGUAUUCAGUUCGGAUAGAUCAAUUGCUGGAAAUGGGUUUUCAGCUAGGCGAAUUCAAGUUCAGUGA